CACUGAGAAUAUUUUAACCCCCUGCCUCUUGGAUUACCGGCUGCUGGACUUCUCCGUGAUGCUGCCACAGACCCCCGACGCAAGGGACAUCUCAGCACAAGGCCGUUUGCGAUCCCCACGCUGUUCAGGCUGAGUUGAAGUUCCCUCUCAUUUGCUGGGUGCCAAGAAAGAUGAACAAGCAGGGCAAUAGAAAAACAACAAAAGAAGAAUCCCGUGAUUUGAAAUUCCAGAACUUUCCUCUGCCAGAAAUUAGGUCAUGGCCUCGAAUCCAUAGUGUCACAGGCCAGUACCAGACUAUUAAUGAGCCUCUUCUUGACGACGGAAGGAACUUAGCAGCAGUCCUCGAUGGAGCAAAAGACCACACAGACGAGGACUAUGAAGACCUUGAGUUUCACAUGGUAGAAGCACAGCAAUCGGUGAAAAUUUUACCAGCCAGGCCUAUAAAGGAAUCUGAAUAUGCGGAUACACGUUAUUUCAAGGGUGUGAUGGACACACCCCUUUCCUUAGAUGCCAAGACCUCUAUCCCCACAGACAGGCAAACCCGGAUGAGGCUGGAAGAAGUGGAACAACCCAUUUCCAGGGAUAUCAGAAGCCAACAUGUUAAAGGAGACAAACCCACAAAGGGAAACAAGACUCCUUUACCACCUCCUCGGCCGCCCAUCACUCUUCCAAAGAAGUACCAGCCCCUGCCCCCUGAGCCGGCGAGCAGCAAGCCACUCUUCCCUCAGAGGUGCACCUUUGCCGAAGUCCAGAGAGAGUCCAGACAGAUAAGCUUAAAGAACUUAAGUGAGGUUCUUGGAACAGAGGAAGUUCCUCAUCAUCAGAUGAAGCCUGAAUUAUCUCACCUGUCACAAAACCAAAGGCCUCAAGAGAUUUCUCUUGCCAUUACCAGCUCUUCAUUCGUGACUCACAACCAGAGUGUACAAAACAGAGAUCAUAAAGAAAGCAUGCAGUCCUAUCCUCCUCAGAGAUGUCCGUCUCCCGCCAGCUAUGGCCCUCUGGAAAAUUCGCUACGUUGUAAAUACACGAGCAGGAAGAAACCUCUCCCCACAAGGUCUGACGAAGAGGAUAUCCGGCACAACGAAUGGUACAUUGGAGAAUACAGUCGCCAGGCAGUGGAAGAGGCAUUGAUGAAGAAGAACAAGGAUGGCACCUUCUUGGUCCGAGACUGUUCCACAAAAUCCAGGGCGGAACCCUAUGUGUUGGUGGUGUUUUAUGGGAACAAAGUCUACAAUGUGAAAAUCCGCUUCCUGGAGAGGAAUCAGCAGUUUGCCCUGGGAACAGGGCUCAGAGGAGACGAGAAGUUUGACUCAGUGGAAGACAUCAUCGAACACUACAAGUAUUUUCCUAUUAUACUCAUUGACGGGAAGGAUAAAACUGGGAUCCACAGGGAACAGUGUUACCUGACUCAGCCCCUCCCUCUCAACAGACACUUCUCAUUUAUGUAGCCUGGUCUUUGUUUCAUCUUCAGUUCAGUGGAUCCAAUGCCUCUAUCAUUUUUUUCCUUUAUUUCAAAAGAUUAUUUUCUGUGGUUUCAAGGGAUUACUUCUCUGAUUCUGUAGAAAAGAAAAACAUUCUAUCAUGGAAAUUGGAAAAUCAAUUGUGGUUUUGAAAGCUCUAAUUGCAGAAGAAAUAUUUAUAAGAUGAAAAAAUAAAAACUGGCUUUUAAAAAACAUCUUCUAAAGAAAAAAACAAAAACACGGUCCUUAUGCUCAUGUUACAGAUGAGCAGCAAAGGUUACAGGAAGCUAUUGCUUCAAUGUUUGCAGCUGGCAACUGACAAGUCUAGGUAAGAGUCCCAAAUCUGUGAUCUUUAUAACACUCGGUGCUGCCUUUCUUUAUUUCAAAAUUGUUUGGACUUGUGCAUUUACAAAGUUUUCAUGAUUCCUUAUGCUAAAGAUGUUGGUGAAUGUUAGCUCUAUUUUAUUUGUAAUUCUGGAAAUUCAAUUUUAGGGAAGGGUGUGGGAUGGAAAAACAAAUCACUUGUGAACACCACUUGAAAGAUAGAAAUCAGAAAUAUUUUUAGUAUGGUGUGAAAUGGCCAUAGGACCAUCUCCAGCCUACUCUGUUUAGAGUAGCUUUAAGCCCAGUGGAAUUAGCAAAUUCAUAGAAAGGGAGGAAGCUUAAGUCUGAGUGAAAGUAUAAAUUUUUAAUUCCAUUUGUGGACUUCCAUUCAAAGGAAAAGAACUGUCCUCGAAUUAGUGCUAGUAUCUUGCAGGAACUUGACACAUGUCAUGAUGCUGUCCCCACUCAAAGCUAAGAGGAUUACAUUUUCUUCCUGUUUCACAACACAGAUGAGGAAACAGGCUCAAAGACGUCAUUGAUCUUACUCAAUAUAAGAAGAGAUCCCAGAUUUUUAUCCAUGUGCCUAGUUUCAUCCAAGCAUAUCUUCCCCGGUACAUUCUCUGCCCUAGGGAAUUUUAUAAUCAAGCUGAAAAGUUAAAUUUAAAAAAGACAGAGAGAAACAAUUUGAAAAUGCCGAUUUACCCACGUUAAAAUAUAUAAAUAAACAAACUCUUGUAGUGGUGUAAAGUUUAAAAACAAAAAAGUGCUGAUGGAAAUUAAUAGUACCCAAUGAUUUCAAAUGUUUCCAAAGCCUACAUGUGAAAUAUAUGGAGUAUUUAUGUAAUUGUAGCUUUAAUGCAGAAGUAAAGCCAGAAAGAAUGAGAAGGCAAGAGAUAUCAAUGAAAACAAUACAAAUGAAGCCCAGGACCAGCAUAGAAACAGACUCUGCAGAGAGGACACAGGCUUGAGGGCAGAAAGAAUAUGACCCUCACCCUAAAAAGUUAUUGAAAGAUUACAGAUGACUCUGCUGCACUUCUCACCGGGGCCAUGCCAUUCAAUGCUGUGUUCGCAAGAAAUGUUUCAGAGUUUCCUCAGGCACUGUUGUUGUUAAAGUCCAUGAACAUCAGGUGGUGGUUAGCACUGUAUGAGGCUUACAUUUUAAAAAAUGCUUUAUCACCUAUUAUUCAUAAGUGCAUGAGAUGAUGAUAAAGGAAAAAGAAGUAGAGCCAUCUUAAAAUGCUCACAAUGCUUAUAUAUAUGAAAAUCUCUGGAAAGAAAUAUAACAUUCAUAAUAGUGACAAUUUGGGGGGGCCACGUUAGUUGAGUCUUCUGGAACUCAGAUGCCAAGACAAGAGUUACAAGUGCUAAUAUUUAUUGGAGGCAAUGCCUAAGAAAGAUCAAGGGAAGAUGGAAUAGGAAUAGACAGGAGAGACACCUGUGAGAGGAACAGGGAAGGAGAGAGGAAUGGGCAGGAAAAGCAUCAGACUGAGAUGCAGCUCUGGGAGAGGCUUGGCUAGCCCAUUGGUGAGAUCCAGAGCAAAGACUGCCCACAGAGGAGAGUGCCCCGUGCUGUGCAGAAAUGGCCAGGUCUUAGUCACCAUUAUGCCAAGUCAUUGCCAGAGGCUGCCCAGGAAAACAUGACCUUCACAUGCUCUGGGAGACCCAGAAGGUGCUAUUAGCUGCAGGCCGACAAAAAACUUUUUGAUCAGCAUGUUCUUAUUUCAAGACAGAUUCAAGGGGCCCACCUCCAUGUCUGCCACAGUGACAUUCUAAUUUUCAGUGUUGAUUGUAAUAAGGACAUUUUGCUUGUAAUUGAUUACUAAAGAAUAAGAAUAUAUAAAUGGCAAUUGUACUUGAUUUUUACAACAAUUCUGUAAAGAAGGCAGGGCAGGUAUUCAUAACCCAUUUUAUAAUUGAGGAAACUAUGUCUCCUUGGCCAAAAUCUUAGAGUGACAUACUUGUGGCUGGAACCAAGGUCUUCAUACACAAUUUUUCUGUUUAGUGUCUAGAUGGUCAUUGAAUCUAUAAUUGAAAGUCCAGUGAUCUGGGCUUGGCAUGCCUAAAUUCCAAAGAGUUUUAAUCCCUUUUCAACCAUUAUUUCAUUUUCAGUUGUAAAGUGUCGCUUGCCUAGGCUCAAUAUAGUAGUGGAAUUUUACCUUUAUCUGAUUAUAGCAUCUAUUCAUUCAAGAUAUUACAUUUGACUAAAUAACUUCCAUUCUGGAUCAGUUUAUAUCUUCCUCAUAUUUAAUAAUAUCUUGUCAUAAGCACUUGUUUGUGUACUGCAUAUGUAUUCAUUACUAUGCAUUCUUGUAGAUAUUAGAAUAAUAGCAGUGAAUUAAGUGGGAGAAACAGACAACAAAUAAGUAUACAAUGAAUAAGACAAUCUUAAGUUGGUUUCCCAUUACUUUGUUGUAUUUCUGUAACACUUAUCACUAAGUGCUUGUGAGCAGGGCCAAUAUUAGAUAUUUUGAUGAAGCUCAUUGAAUUGGCUUUAAAAAGUUUUGAACCAGAAAAUUUUUAAUUUUCCCAAAGCUACUUGGAAAACUGCCUCUCUUGGGGGUAUGUGUGUGUGAAUAACCAUGUCAUAGCUGAAAUCAAUUAAAUCUUCUCUUCAAAUUAUUAUAGAGGAAUCAAAUUUUACCCCAUUGCCAAAUUUAGUUCAUUGCUGUGUGUGUGUGUGUGUGUGUGUGUGUGUACACAUACACGCAUUUUUUUACAAGAUAGUCUAUGCAGUAUAUGAUUAGCACUAUAUUUCUGUAUCUACUUUUUUAUCCUGAAUAUUUGUUCUAGCUAAGUACAUUUCCUUUCUUUUUUUGCACAUUAUGGCUCUAACUUAAAUUAAAGCAAAUAAGUAAUUAAAUGUCAUAAUAUAUCUGAAACUGAGUAUUAAAAUAAAUUUA